UGCACGAUAUCUUGCUGCGUUAAUACUGGCUGCUAGUAUUGUCACCCGCCCAUCAUGGAUGAAUUAGAUGAGACACGCGCCGAGCUGGACUGGAUGGAAGGGACCGAAAGAACACUUCAAGCAGCUCAUAGAAAUCCGGGCAGCCAUAAAGACGCAGAAAAGCGAGGUCAACGAUCUCGCCAAGAAAGGCCCUCCAGCGAUCAAUUUUCUCCCUGUUGAAAUCCUUUCGCAGAUAAUACUCCAAUCCUUGCCAAAUUGCGAUGACCGAUGUGAGUUGGGGGAGUUUCUGCUAGUGGACCGCAGGACAAACUUGUCAACGGUGUCACGGUUCUGGAGGAGCGCGAUCUUGGGCACACCAAAAAUCUGGAGUGAUAUUGUGCUACGUCGAGGACUUCCGACUGCUGCAGCCUUGAAGACCCAAUUAAUGAUGAGUGGCAAUGCUCUUUUCGAUGUCUACAUUGCAGGUUUGCCAUCUGCCUACUAUUCGCAGGCACGGUUAUGGCUGGACAGCUUUGUCUCCAGCGCCGAUCGUUGGCAAUGUCUUCACAUAGUUGGGGUCGACCGUGAUAGGUGCCUAACAUCCUUCGCGCACCUGAGGGCCCCUUGCAAUUUCCUUUUCUCGAGGAAGUUCACAUUUCUAAUAUGGAUGAGGUGUUCGUCUAUCCGCGAUUUCUCCUACCUAACGAGGCUCCCACCCUCCGGAAUUUGAAACUUCAACCCUUUUCCCCUACCCCUGAAUUUGCAGCUGCCACGACCCUCACGACUCUUGAACUGAAGUUUAGAGGACACUGGAACCAGGUCGUGCAUCCUACGUUUAUCCCUACCCAGUCACUAACGGUG